AUGUCUUGGUGGGUAAUCAUAGGUGGGACCAAACCCAGCAUUUACCAUGGGUGUCCAUAUAUCCUUUGUGGGAGGUUGUCACCUCCACUCCCCAUCGCCAUCGAGUGUACUUCCAUGGAUGAGGCAAAACUUGUCAUGCAAACAUUGGAUAGCAUCUUACAACCAAUACUACCUGAACCAACCACCCAUGACUUGGUCACCUUCCUCAACACAUCGCCAGCAGUUCAAGACCUCCUCAAAGACACAGGCCUUCAAGAUGCUGAUGUUGUAGGCCUUCAAGACACUGACAUUGUGGCCCCUCAACUGACCCAAUCCAUGCCUUCUCAAGGGUGUGGACAUUCCGUGCUUGGUGCUCAUGCAGCACAAUAUCUCACUGCUCAUCGCUAUAUGCAUGAGGCUAUUGACACUAUUAUACAUGCACAUAAUGGCGCAUUAAGUGACCACAUAUUUGCUCUUUGA